UCCCAUGAUGAUGUUUUUUCUAUUAACUUAAGCCACUUACAAGAUCGCAUCAUUCACUCCUGACAAAACCCCCGAUAACUUGGUUGCCUUCUUCCUUCUCUCUUUCUGUCUCUACGUUCCCUUUUGCACGUUAAAAUGUUGGGAACUUCGAUAAAUCCCAUAAAGACAGCUUCUUCUUCUUGCUGUUCUUCAUCUUGUGAAAAGAGAAUGGAAACCAUGUUGUCCUUAACAUCUUUUGAUAAUUGUAAUAACUCUGUUCGGUUUCUUUUCUCUCGUUCUAAAUUGCACUGCUCCAAAACUUUGGUUACAAAGCUCCCUGGAGUCAGGUUCCGGGUCUCCCCAGGAUCUAAAUUUCGAGUUUUCUGUGAAUCUAAGACACAGGAGUUGCAGAUAAGAAGGUGCUCACCUUUACUAGAAAAAGCAUCACUAUCAAGUAAUGAUGCAGUGGUCUCUGAUGAAUGGAAAGCAGUCCCUGACAUUUGGAGGUCUUCAGCAGAAAAGUAUGGUGAUCAAGUAGCAGUGGUUGAUCCAUACCAUGACCCACCUUCCACGAUGACUUAUAUACAGCUGGAGCAGGAAAUAUUAGACUUUGCUGAAGGUUUAAGGGUAAUUGGAUUAAAGCCAGAAGAUAAGCUUGCCCUUUUUGCUGAUAAUUCAAGCCGGUGGCUUGUUUCAGAUCAAGGUAUAAUGGCAAUGGGAGCAAUUAAUGUUGUCAGAGGGUCAAGAUCAGCUAUGGAAGAGCUUUUACACAUAUACAAUCAUUCGGAAAGUGUUGGGCUUGUUGUGGACAAUCCCGAAUUUUUCAAUCGUCUUGCUGGAACAUUUUGUUCGAAUGCAACAAUGAGAUUUAUUGUUCUACUUUGGGGUGAGAAAUCAUGCCUGGCCAGUGGUGAAACACAGGGCGUGCCUAUAUUCAGUUAUAAGGAGAUCAUGGAGUUAGGAAGAGAAAGCCGUGUUGCUCUUACUGAUUCUCUUGAUGCUAGACAAGGUUACAUAUAUGAAGCCAUUGGCUCAGAUGAUGUUGCUACCCUUGUAUAUACAAGCGGAACCACUGACAAUCCAAAAGGUGUUAUGCUUACACAUAAGAAUUUAUUACACCAGAUAAGGAAUUUGUGGGAUGUCGUACCUGCUGAAGCUGGGGAUAGAUUUCUAAGCAUGCUUCCUUCUUGGCACGCAUAUGAGCGAGCUUGUGAAUAUUUCAUAUUUACGCAUGGAAUUGAGCAAGUAUAUACAACAGUGAGAAAUUUGAAGGAUGAUUUGAGACAUUAUCAGCCACACUACCUGAUAUCUGUACCCUUAGUGUAUGAGACACUCUACGGUGGGAUUCAAAAGCAGAUUUACACAAGCUCCACAGCUCGUAAAUUUAUAGCACUUACAUUCAUAAGGGUAAGCUUGGCAUACAUGGAGUUGAAGAGAAUUUACAAGGGACUAUGCCUAACAAGGGAUCAGAAGCAACCUUCAUAUGUUGUAUCCAUGUUAGAAUGGUUAUGGGCAAGAAUUAUUGCUGCAAUAUUGUGGCCAUUGCAUGUGUUAGCGAAGAAGCUUGUCUAUGAAAAAAUUCACUCUGCUAUUGGAAUAUCAAAGGCUGGCAUAAGUGGGGGCGGAAGUUUGCCUAUGCAUAUUGACAAGUUUUUUGAGGCAAUUGGUGUGAAAUUGCAGAAUGGAUAUGGCUUAACAGAAUCAUCACCUGUCAUUGCUGCUCGACGACCUAACUGUAAUGUUCUUGGUUCAGUUGGGCAUCCAAUUCAACACACAGAAUUCAAAAUCGUAGAUUCUGAAACUGAUGAAGUUCUCCCACCUGGCUCCAAGGGCAUUGUAAAGGUUAGAGGACCACAAGUGAUGAAAGGUUACUAUAAGAAUCCAUUGGCUACGAGGCAAGCCCUAGAUGAAGAUGGUUGGCUAAACACUGGUGAUAUAGGUUGGAUUGCUCCUUCUCCCUUGACAAAUUUUUCAGUUUUAUUGAGCGUUACUCUUUCUCUGUGCUUAGCUACACCAGUGCCUGUGCAUAUGUUGCCUGUUUCUCUUUCACGCAGGACCUCCGAGUGUUCGUUUCAAAUUGGACCCAUCCUUAUUGUGGAUGAACCUUUUUCGAUUGAUGGUGGCUUAAUGACCCCAACCAUGAAAAUCCGAAGGGACAAAGUUGUAGCUCAAUACAAGGAGGAAAUAGCUAAUCUUUACAAGUGAAUAUGACCAUGAUUACUUAUUUAUAUUUGAUGCGCUGAUCAUAUAUAGUCUUUAUGCACUGUUAAGGCAUCAAAUGGUGUCAUCUCUAAUUGAGAAAUAAUUUUAAAAUUAAAUAUUAUUAUUUAAAAA